AUGCGAAAACUAGGCGAAUAUCAGAUGGAAUGGUUCCAAGGAUGGACCAACUCCCCCUGUAACACAUCUGAGGCUGAAUUCGGGCAAAUUUUUCUACCUGAAUGGCGUCGUGGAGGGCCAACAAGUGAGAGCAAUGGCGACAACAGCCGUGCCGUAAACUUGGGUGCCGUCACCACUGCCGUGCUUAACCACGCUGGUCAUGCCCAGGUGAUGAUCUUCCUGGCGGAAGCUCGCGCUGGACAUAAAAUCCGGCCUAGUGGCAUCUCCGUGGACUAUUCGAUCCUACUGGGGCUUCCACAUUCAGCGAGAACCAAGGCAAUAUAUAUUACUGCGGAACUGGCUAAAUCCUCGCAUCUGUCCUUGCUCGUGCAGUGGUACUCAACUACUGGGAUAUUACUUAGUUCCGUAACCAAUCAUGAUCUGCGCCUGCAAAUAGCGAAUCCGGGACACACAGUUCUGUGCCUGCUGUUUCAGCCGUCGGUCAUGCAGCCCUUUUCAAUAAUAGAUUACGUCCCAGUGAGGCGUUGGGGUGGGGCCAGGGCACAUGACUACGGAGGCAGCGACAGAAUAACCAAAAGGCCCGUCCGCAAGGCACCUGGGAAUGGGAACGUUAGACUAAAAGAGAGCGUGCUACGCCUCCUAGCUUGGAUACCAAACCACGGGAAGGCCAAGAAAAUUUAGACAAAAGCGGACCAGCGACACACUAUUAUAGGAUCUCGCAUGGUCAUGAACUCGUGGACGUGCGGGUGCUGUGGUAAAAGCCUAGUUUACGCGAUACAU